CUGCAGAGGCGUCGGAACCCACAGUGAUGCAGUCAUGCGCUGCCCUAGCCUGUAGUGUGUUGUUUAUUUAGGGCCCAAAACACUGUUGGUCCCCACUCUGCAGCGGGUCCGCCAUCAUCAUCCUCAUCCUCAUCCCUCCACAAUUGACGUAUCGAACCCGAUCCAGCCCAACUGCCAUCGCUCAGCCCUGGCACGGCUGCACGGCUGAACUCUUCAGCUCUGACUGGCGCCUUCGUGAGUUCCUAUUUGAGCGAGCCGUCGCCUGGUCGGUCCUGGUUGUUUGUUUGGUUGUUAUUCAAUCAAGUGCACUCGCUACUUAUUAAUUCAAAUCAUCACCACCAUUAUUCCUCCCCUCGUCGCUGCUGGUCAUCCUUUGCGACAGCACAGUACCUCGGCAGAUCGUCAGCGGCUUCUGGAACCCUCCGCCACGAUCCUUAAUCCAAACCCACACCCACAUCCAACCCGAAACCCAAGCGAACGGUGCUAAUCCGUAUUUCCCUGCCCUACCCUCCCCCCCACGAUGGAGACCCUCCUCUCUGUCGCAUUCGACAACCUGGCCUCCUACGACGGGCCCAAGGUCAAGAAGGGCCUGCGCCAGGUCGAGGGCCUGCUCGCCCAGAUCUGCCUGUCAGCACACGCCGCCAACAGGAACAAGGCCAACAACAACGGCAGGCGGUCCCGCUCGGCGUCGCCCACCAGCCCAGACCAAAAACAACAGCCAGUCCAACCACCACCGACAUCACCAAAGCAGCAGCAAAAGCCCAGCUUCCCGCUGUCGGACCUCAGCGGCGAUGCGGCCUUCCGCGAGUUCUUCAAGCUGCAGGACGGGUUCCAGUGGAACAUCGCCACGCGCCUGAUCCAGACCCUCGACCGGCUGCUGGCCAAGAGCGACGACGGCAGCAUGGACCUGCUGAUGCUGAGCGCCCUCGACUCGCUGCAGGGCGUGCUGCUGCUGCACCCCGCCAGCAGGCUGCUGUUUUCCCGCGAGCAGAGCAUGAACCUCCUCCUCGACCUCCUCGAGCCCGUCAACUGCCCCGCCAUCCAGGCCGCCACCCUCCUGGUCCUGGUCGUCGCCCUCCUCGAGACCCCGCGCAACACGCGCACCUUUGAGAACCUCGACGGCCUCCUCACCGUCUCGUCCAUCUUCAAGUCGCGCUCGACGGCCCGCGACGUCAAGUUCAAGACCAUGGAGUUCCUCUACUUCUACCUCAUGCCCGAGACGCCCUCCCUGCCGCGCGCCGGCUCCGACGGCCUGCUGCAGCGCAGCCCCAGCAAGCUCGGGCGGGCCUUUGACAACGGCAGGAAGAGGACGGGCUCCGACGAGGACAUGGGGGCGCCGGGCGAGGACCAGACCCUCGACCAGCUCGUCAAGCAGGAGAUGCUGCGCCGGCACCUGCCCAACGUCGACGAGCUGGUCAAGGACCUGCAGCAGUAUGCGCCCUUUGGCGGGGCUGUUGCCUGAGGCUGGCCGGGGUGGUGCGGGAUGUGAUGUUUGGGCUUCUUUUCUUCUGUCACGGGUGAUUUGUUUUUCUCUUUUUUUCCUUUUGGUCGGAUCGUCUUUUCAGCGGGCGGCGUUGGGAAAUAUACAUAUGAGAUACCUGGAUAGGGGAAAGGGGGAAUGUGGUAUUUCUUUUCCACUGUAAUAUUAUUUGUACAACAUAAGAGGCUCUGUCAGAAGGGUGAGAGCGGGAGAGAUGGCCAUGGCCAGUCAUUCUUGAUUCCAGCAGCAAGGGACAGGAGGCAACAUAAUCGAUGCCACGGCGGCGGAGUUUAAUAUACAUCAGAACAACAGGAACCAUCACAAUAGAUGCCGCGAUUUCGCAUUGCAUUACAUACAUACAUACAUACAAUCACCCAGCCGGCCCCUUCUUGCCGCCCUGCGCCUGCUGCUGCGCCUGCGCCGCCUGCUCCUCAUGGCUCAUGGGGCUCGGCGUCCCCAGCUCGCUCGCGCUCAGCUCGCUCCCGGGCGUCCCCAGCGGCCGCGGCGCCCGCGCGUAGUCCGUCCCCGCCCCUACCCCCGCCGGCACGUCGGUCCCGUACAGCUCGAACCGCCCAGCGAUGCUGUCCCGGACCGCGGGCGACCCCGCCCCCUGCCUCCUCGCCGAGAGCGACCCGCCGCCGCCAUCCUCCGAGCCCCCCUUCUCCCUCGCCACGAGGCUGUCCUCGCCGCCCCCGCCCCCUACGCCCCCGCCCAUCUCCACCGCGGAGGUGAUAUCGCCCGGGCCAUGGGGGGCGCCGCCGCCGCCGCCACGCACGCGCCUCGCGUUGUGGUCGCCGCCGUCGUUGGCCCCUCCCCCUGCGCCAAAGAAGUAAUUCGGAUGUUGUUGGUAGUCCGCGUGCCCCGGGGGCGUGGAAUACGGCCCCGAGGCGGCGGCAGCAGGGCCGAAGUAGUCGCGCCCCAGGCCCGGCAGCGGGCCUGCCCCUCCUCCCCCUGCCCCUCCGCCUCCGUAGCCGGCGGACGACGACGCCCCGUCGGCCUCGGACAUGUGCGGGCCCGAGCUCGGCCCGUACGCGCGGAUCCCGCCGUCGUCGCUCUCGUAGCGGCCCGCGGCCGCGAG